AACAGAAUUUUGUUGGAAUUUUGAUUGGUCGCCGGACUUCCGAAGACUUCCAAAUUUUCGCCACUGUUUUCCGAUCAAAUUCUUUUAUUUCCAUUCGCAGAAGGGUUUCACCAGACAGAUAAAUGUCUGCAAGAGGACAUGGACUGCCAGGUUAUGGGAGCCGAUCGACCCAAACUGACGGGCUGAUCCGCCAUGGGUUAUACUCUGUAGGAAACGGCAUAGAGUCACAACACUCUGAGCGUGGAGAUAGCAAACUAGUGGCUCAGUCAGCUGAAUUAGAAAGGCUUGUUAGUGACAACAAGAGACUAGCAACUGCUCAUGUGGCCUUAAGGCAAGACUUAGCAGCCACUCAACAAGACAUUCAAAAACUCAGGGCGCAUAUAGGAAGCAUCCAGACAGAAAGUGACCUCCAGAUUCGAAUAUUUUUGGAGAAAAUGACAAAAAUGGAGGUUCAUCUUCAGGAUGGUGAGAGUGUGAAGAAGGAGCUACAGAAGGCGCACACUGAGGCUAGGGCUUUAGUCGUAACUAGACAGGAGCUGAUCGAUCAAGUUACAAAGGCUACCCAGGAAUUGGAAAAGAUCCGUGCUGAUGUGAAAAAUUUACCCAUAUUGCAAGUUGAACUUGAUGGCUUGAGAAAGGAACACCAAAAGUUACGGUUGACUUUUGAGCAUGAAAAAGGCUUAAACAUGGAGAAAGUGGCACAAAUGGAAGUGUUGGAGAAAGAUCUUGUGGGGAUGGCAAAAGAGGUGGAGAGGUUACGAGCUGAGGUUUUGAAUGCCGAGAAGAAAGCAACUGCACCAAACGUGUACGGUGGGCCCUAUAUGACGCAAGAAUCAUAUUCUCGACCACUUCCACCACCUCCACCACCUCAUAUGCAUACUAGUGUAAGUGGCUAUGUUGAUGGGUACGGAAAUCAUCAUCAUGUCCAAAUGGGUGUUGGUGGAGGUCACCCUGGAGUAAUUGUUCCAGGUAGCAAUCCACAAUGGAGACCGCCGGUAAUGGUGCCUUAUGGUGCACCCCACCCUGGCCCAGUUGGUCCAGGCAGCAAUCCACAAUGGGGAGGACAACCGUAUGACCACUCUUACUCUAGAACCUGAACAGACAGACAAAUGCAAUGUAGGUUUUUUUCAGUCUUGCUUUUGUGCUAUAUGCAGAUCUUACCCUGUUUAUUCAAGAAAAUGUACCCCCUAACCCCAGCAACUUAUACAGUGUUAUGAAAGGUAUUUAGAUUUGCAGAAUCAUGGAUCUGAUUUUAGUUUCA